AUGGCUGCCUCCUCCUUUGCCAAGCAGAAGCAAGUUCUAGUUUUCAGUUUUCGAAAGGAACAAGUAACAUCACCAUAUGGGAACAAUCUUCAUCACAAGGAGAAUGUAACCCAUGGCCAGUUUGCAUUUACUAGUGACGAAGCUGGCAACUAUUUGGCAUGCUUCUGGCUUGAUAACCAAAAUCACGGUGAAGUAAGCGUUAACCUUGACUGGAAAAUUGGAAUUGCAGCAAAAGAUUGGGAGUCAGUUGCAAAGAAGGAGAAGAUCGAGGGUGUGGAGCUGGAGCUCCGGAAACUCGAAGGUGCAGUCGAAGCCAUCCAUGAAAAUCUACUCUAUCUCCGGGGCAGAGAAGCUGAGAUGAGGGUGGUGAGUGAAAAAACAAACGCCAGAGUUGGUUGGCUCAGUAUCAUGUCCUUGGGCAACGACUGCAUCGUCGUCUCGGGUCUGCAGUUGUGGCACUUGAAGAGAUUCUUUCAAAAGAAGAGGCUCAUCUAA